AUGGACCCAUCCCACUUCUUGACACCCCAGAGUAACACCAACAAGAAGAUUCUUGAAGUCACCAAUAGGAUCCUUAAAUUGUUGACAGGAGAGGGUUGGGAAUACAUAGAAGAUUCUAGGGAUCUGUAUAAGGAAGAGAACUCAGAGGCUCAGCAGAUCUUUUCAUCUUAUGCAUACAGUAAUGGGAACCCACCAGAGAGAUGUCCCCGUCCUCUGUAUUCCGGGGAUUCCACACAGGAAGGGCCCACCACCCCUCACUGUCAUCAGGUAGAUGGAUCCAGUAAAGGGAACCCACCAGAGAGAUGUCCUCCUCCUCUGUAUUCCCGGGAUUCCACACAGGAAGAUCACAGCAUCCCCCACCAUCAUCAGGUAAAUGGAUCCAGUAAUGGGAACCCACCAGAGAGAUGUCCUCCUCCUCUGUACUCCCGGGAUUCCACACAGGAAGAUCUCACCAUCCCUCUCCACAAUCAGGUUCAAGAGUUGGCUGAUGUGAAAGUUGAAGGUAAAGAUGACGAAGAAGAGAUGUGUGUGAGAGGCAGUCCAAGCUGUAUAGAUAAAGUUAAAGUGAGGGUGACAAUUAAAGAGGAAGACCUUUUUCCAGAGAUCAGUACAGAUGGGCACCUUGACAGUGACCUAGAAGAUAACAUCAUAACUCAAGACUGUCAAAGAGAAAAACCCGUUACACAAAACAGCCAUCCAGGAUGUCACAGUGAAGAAAGUCCAACAGAUCUUGAGUUAUCUUUUUCAGAUCAGGCAGAUAGUGUUCCUCCAGCUCCAGGUUCAGGACUGUAUAUUACGGGUAGGUCACCUAAUCUUGAGGAAACCUCUGCCGAUAACUCACAAAGUGUUAUCCCAGUAGUCCACCCAACAAGACACAGUGAAGCCAGAUCACCAGAUGCCUCUAAACUGGAGAAAUCUCCUUAUAAUAGCUUAAAAACUGCUUCUCCAGGACUUCACAACAUAGCUAGAUCACUGGAUCCCUCUAUCCCCGAAGAACGGCCCGUCUUUAAGUCCGAGAAGGAUGAACCUGGUCUUCGUACGGAAAAGGGUGAAUGUUUCUCAAGGGCAUCAAAAAUUGCUGAGGAUCCAAAAAUGGCCACUGAUAUAAUCUCAUUUAUAUGUUCAGACUGUGGGAAAAGCUUUGAGGAGCAAGAGGAACUUAACCACCACCGGAGGACUCACACUGGGAAAAAGCCUUAUUCGUGUUCUGAUUGUGGGAAACGGUUUCCAGUGAAAUCAAAACUCAUCCAACAUCUGAGAGUCCACACUGGUGAAAAGCCCUUCCCCUGUGCUGUGUGCGGGAGAUGUUUCACCACCAAGACCAACCUUGCCACACAUCAAUCCAUCCACACAGAAGAGAAACCGUUUCCGUGUUCUAAGUGCGGGAAAUGCUUCUCAAGGAAGUCGUCCCUUCUGACACAUCUCCGGAUUCACAACGGCGACAAAGAUUUCACAUGCGGAGAGUGCGGGAAGAGUUUUACGUUAAAAUGUUAUUUACGGAUUCACGAAAAGAUUCACACAGGCGAGAAACCAUUUGCAUGCUCGGAGUGCGGAAAGUGCUUCCUCCAGCGGUCAGCCUUUGUCAAACAUCAGCGCCUUCACCGAGGAGACAAGCCGUUUUCCUGUCCGGAGUGUGGAAGGUGCUUCCUGGAAAAAGGACAGCUUGCUAUACAUCAGCGCAUACACACAGGGGAGCGGCCGUAUGCCUGUUCCGAAUGCUACAAAAGUUUCAUCAAAAAGUCAGAUCUUCAGAGGCACCAGAGAACGCACACGGGUGAAAAGCCUUUUUCCUGCGGCGAGUGCAGGAAAUGCUUCACGCAGAAAGCUCAUCUCGUCGCCCAUCAGAGAGUUCACACGGGCGAGAAGACAUCUUCCUGUUCGGAGUGUGGCAGGUGUCCCCGGAAGUUUCUUCCUGGUCAACACCAGGAAGGUCACACUCAUUGA